AUAAACGUCACUUUUCUUGUUUGAUUUUUGUCUACGGAAAUUAUUUGAAGUCGGAAAAAUGGCUGCAGCGAAUAUUGUUCGAAGUGUUUUCAGUGGAUUAUUACGAAAAUCCACCAAAUACAAUGCCUCUGUGGUAUGCCGACUAUCCACAGUUGCAGUGCAACAAAAGUUUUUUGCUGUGAAAAGUGGCGUCAAAUUUAUUCACAAUAACCACCUUCAAAUUGGGGUGCAAUGUCAACGACACGGCUGCACCGGGGCGGCAAAACCCUCGCCGGAGGAAAUAAGGGACCGUGUGAUGAAAGUGUGCAAGUCUUACGACAAACUGAGUGUGUGUCAGCUGACGGUAGACUCACAUUUUAUGACUGACCUGGGCUUGGACUCCUUGGACCAUGUUGAAGUGAUCAUGGCGAUGGAAGAUGAAUUUGGUUUUGAAAUUCCCGAUGCUGAUGCUGAGAGGCUACUUAGACCUAAAGACAUUAUCCAAUAUGUAGCAGACAAGCAGGAUAUUUAUGAAUAAAUACACAAUAGAGCUGAUUAGUUUCGGUUCUUUGUUAGACUAACUGUGAUCUUCGUUAAUUUAUGAUCAUAGACAAAUUUGAAGUAUUUAUUAAAAUUACAGUUAGUCUGAUAUUGAGAAAAUCAAUUGGCUUAGGUUCUAGUACUGUUUUGUUACAUUCAAAUAAGGAAUAACAAGAACAAAGGUGACACAAAUGACUGCGAAAUAUAUCACCAGAUGUAUAAAGUGUAAAUCCUGUUUUUAUUGAUUAUAUGCCUGUUAGAAUAGUC